UUUGACAACAUGGCGCACUUUCUUUGAGAAAACUUCCUCCGAACGUUUCAUAGCUUAGUCUUUGUGAGUUUUUGUCGCCUGUUAUUGACACUCCCGGUGUUGGUUUGAGGUGUUUUUUUGUUUUGUUUUGUUUUUUUGAAGGCUGAAGACUGUGAUGGGAUGAAAGCGAAAAUCCACAGUCAGACGGGAUGGAGAAGCAAACCACUCUGAAAGAGAAGUUGUCAUUCUUUGGCUCUCGGACCAUGGGAAGACCUAAUCGGAAUGUUCCUGGAGAAGAAGGGGCGAGGAAUGGUCUCAGCAAAGCAGAGUUCAUGGAGAAGGUGCAGCAAAGCAACGAAGCAUGUCAGCGCGGUGACUUUCAGGCAGCAGUUCAGUUGUACAGUGAUGCGUUGGAAGCGGACCCACAGAACUGCAUCCUGUACAGUAAUCGUUCUGCAGCUCUCCUCAAACUGGGACAGCACCAGGCAGCUCUAGAUGAUGCUGAAAAGGCUUGUGAGCUUAAUUCAAAGUGGCCCAAGGUAAGUGUGUCUCAGUGA